AUGCAGCGCAGCGGCGGAGGCACCACGCGCAAAGAGCGGCUGCUGCGCGCCAAGAUGAAGAAGAAGCUCGCAGACGACGACCACGCCGCCAUGAGCGCCGGCGCGGCCACCACGUUCGAAGACAUUCUCCAGAUGUCGGACCUCUCGGAGCAGUCGCUGCUGGCGAACCUCCGCAAGCGGUACGAGCACGAGCUCAUCUACACGUACGUGGGCUCGAUCCUCAUUGCGAUCAACCCGUACAAGCAGCUCGAAGCCGCGUACAGCGAGGGCAAGAUGACGGAGUACUACGGCAAAGCCAUGGGCGUGUUGCCGCCCCAUGUGUUUGCACUGGCCGAUCACGCGUACACGCAGCUGAUCCAGGGCGGGGCACUGAAUCCAGCCAAUCAGAGCAUCAUUAUCAGCGGCGAGAGCGGGUCGGGCAAGACCGAGACGACCAAGAUCAUUAUGCAGUACUUGGCGCGCGCGACGAGCUACCGGAAGAUGUCGGACGGAGAGACAGUAGCUGCCAUGUCGUCGGCUGUUGUGGGAUCUGUCGUACCAUUAACUUCGACAGCUACAGUGAGUGGCAUGUCGGGAGCGCUUGGCAAGCUGGAGGAACGCGUGCUCGAGAGCAAUCCGCUGCUUGAGUCGUUUGGCAAUGCCAAGACGCUGCGGAACGACAACUCGAGUCGCUUUGGCAAGUUUAUCGAGAUCCAGUUUAACCAUCACGGCAAGAUUGUCGGGGCCCAGAUCUUGAACUUUUUGCUGGAAAAGACACGCAUUGUGUCGCAGAGUCUGGGCGAGCGGAACUAUCAUAUCUUUUACCAGCUGCUAGCGGGAGCGGACAAUGCACUCCGGGAACGACUGCAGCUGCAGACGCCCCACGAUUACGAGUACCUUCGGAAGAGCGAGUGCUUCCAUAUUCACUCGUGUGACGACGCCAAGGAGUUUAUCACAACGAAGCGAUGCAUGGAGACGAUUGGCAUCACGGGAGACCGUCAGGAGAUGGUGUUUCAACUGCUUGUGGCAGUGUUGCAGCUCGGUAACUUGCAAUUCGCAAUGGAAAACGACACGUGCGUGGCUGUCGGCGACGACUCGGCCGAUGGGCUGAAGCUCGUGGCGUCGUUGCUAAAAGUAAGCGAAGAUGCGCUGUCCAAGGCGCUGCUUACCCGUCAACUUUAUGUAGGGGGCAAAGUCAUUGUGCAGCAGCAGCAUUCGGAUCAGGUGCGUGACAAGCGUGAUGCGCUGGCAAAGGGUAUCUACUCGUCGCUUUUUCUAUGGCUCGUCUCCGAGCUAAACCGCACGAUCUCGCGCAAUCAGGACAAGUGGGGCUUUAUUGGGGUGCUGGAUAUCUAUGGGUUCGAAAAGUUUGAGUGGAACACGUUUGAACAACUGUGUAUCAACUACGCCAACGAGAAACUCCAGCGACACUUUAACCAGCAUAUGCUGGAGGUCGAGCAGAACGAUUACGCCAAAGAGGGGAUCGACUGGAAGCAUAUUGAUUUCGAGGAUAACCAGGAGUGUUUGGAUUUGAUCGAAAGCAAGGUUAGCGGCAAGCCGGGCAUUUUUAUCUCGCUGGAUGACAACUGGCGUUUGAAGGGAGAAGAAGCGAACAAAAAGUUUGUGUCGAAUUUGCACAACUCUUUCGGUCGUACGUCCAGUGGGCACUCGAGCGGUAAGAACAAGUUCUAUGUGCACCCAAAGAUGGACGCAGACUUACACUUCGGUAUUAAGCACUAUGCUGGUGAGGUGAUUUACGACGCCAGCGGCUUCAACGACAAGAACAACGAGACGUUAAACGACGACAUGAAAGAGCUCAUUCGGCAAUCCGGGAGCGACUGGCUGCGUGGGAUCUUUGAUCUUAACAUGCAGUCGAUCGAGGCUAUCCCGGGUAACAAACCACAGCAGCAACACUCAACUUCACGCCGACCGAGUGAGAUGAAGAGCAGGAGUAGCCAGCCGGGAAAUAAAUCACGGAAUAUUCGUGAAGUGUCUGUCAGUGCCCAGUUCCGGUAUCAGUUGCAAGAGCUCAUGAAUAAGAUAUCGCUGGCGAAUCCUCGGUAUGUGCGUUGCAUUAAGCCGAACGAAGCCAAGCGCCCAAACGAGCUUAAUGGCGCGGAUUGCACACGUCAGUUGAAAUACUCUGGUAUGAUGGAGGCGAUUCAGAUCCGCCAGCGCGGUUUCGCUCUUCGCGAGGACCACGAUGUUUUCUUUUACGAUUACCAAUCUCUUGCACCCGAUGCUGAAAAUAUAAAGGAGCUUGUCGAAGCGAUUUCGUCCAUGCUGGGUGCUGGCAAGGAAGAGUGGCAACUGGGUAAAACAAAAGUCUUUUUAAAGCGGGCCAUGGCCUCCAAAUUGCGCAAGCUGGAAAUGCUACGGUGCAAAUCUGCCGCUCGUGCCAUUCAAAAAUGGGUUCGCAAUAUAGCGAGAGUAGAAGCCGUUACCAGGAUUCAGACGAGAGCCCGUCAGUUUAUCGCGAAAAAGCGUCUGCAAUUGCUCCGUCGUAGUGCAUACCGCGUGAUGCAUACUCUUCGAAGACGCGUAGCUAUGCGCAAAUAUCAACGCAUGCUGGCAGAGUAUCGUGCGCGAACUCAAAAAGCGACAGUUAUACAGAAGAUCGCGCGUGGGUAUUUGGUGCGUAAGCGGGAUAUGCUGCAUCCGUUUGUCGAUAUGGAUCCCAAGGAGCUGGACGUGAAGAUUGCAUCGAUGGAAAAGGCCAUUGAAGACGCCGCGGUGAACAAACAGUUCGAGCUGUGUGCAAAUUUGCAGUUAGAUCUUGAAAAGGUCUUGGAGGCCCGAAAGAAGGUUCGCACUGCGAGGGAAAUUGAUGCCGAAAUUCUGAAGCUAACCAAGGAUAUGGAAGCGGCUGCAAUGUCGAAGCAGUUCGGUCUGUGCGCGGAAUUUCAGAAGAAACUCGAGGUGCUGCAAGAAGCUCGAAAGAACGUCAAAGAAGACCUGAAUGAGUUGGAUGCGGAGGAGCUUGAUGAGCGUAUUUGUGCUACGGAAACUCUUAUUGCUGAGGCGUUACUGGCGCGUGAUUAUGGCAAGUGUAGCGACUUGCAGGUCAGCUUAGACGCCCUGGUGUGUGCUCGGAAAAAGAAGCACACACUUGAAGAACUAGAUGCUGAGAUCAAGAAGCUAAAUGAAGAACUUGGCAACUCGCUGCAGCAGAAGCAGUUUGACAAGUGCGCCCAGCUUCAAAAAGAUAUUGAUGCUGUGAAGAAGAAAAGAGCCAAGUUUCCUGCUGCUCUAAAAGCAUCUACCCCGUUAUCGUCUCCGCAAAAGCGUGCACCACCAACGGACUCAGCUACACCACCUUCUCCGAAGAACAAGAUGCCUUCGCCCGAACCACAGCCUGCUACACUAGCUCCUCCAUCCAACAUUGAUCGUGGUGGCAUCCCGUCCACGCGUGAGCCAGUUUUGUUCGCGCCGGGCUCUUCGCCCGCUGCGUUGCCUGGUGAGAAGAGGUCUACUUCCGAGAGUCUUCAAGUAUCAGCACAUGCAUCACAUGCAGCUCCAGCUCCACUGGCUUGCGCCCUCAUAUCGCCUUCACCACAACUGCCUCAAGAACAUUCAGCCGUUGAUGCACCAGCAAGUCGCUCCAUAGCCCCUAAAGAAACUAUCACUGCAUCCAGUGCGAUAUCGAGACGCCCUCCUGCGAUUUAUAACGGACCUGCUCCGAAUGUUCGAUGGGAGUCGAAAACUAUGACCCCGGUGGUGCCUUCGAGUAAACAGCUACCGUUUGAGCGUCGCGGGCGAUCGGGUUCAAAUAGCUCGACAACGUCCGGACAUUCUUAUGCUAGGUCACAAUCGUCAAUGAUGUCGACAUCGUCAAAAUCGAAGAAGUCGUUGCCGAUGGCAGAUCCGUCGCGUACGGUUGCCCGCCUUCGUCCGGCUAAAGCGAUCACAGUUCGUGAAGAUUCGACUGUGUUGGAGGCGGCAAGAAUGAUGAAGUCUCACCGUGCCGCCGCUAUUCUCGUGACUAACUGGGAAGGAGCUUUAACUGGUAUUUUCUCUGACACUGAUGCUGCACAGCGUGUAGUGUCGAAGGGCUUGGAUCCCGCUCGAGCCACUGUUGCUUCAGUAAUGACACCGAACCCCAGUUGCGUCAGCCUAGAGGAUAGUGCGGUUGAUGCCAUGGAUACAAUGCUGAGCGGAAAGUUCCGCCAUUUACCAGUAAUUAGUUCUCAAAGUGGUAGUAUCGUUGGAGUUCUCAACGUGGCAAAAUGCUUACACGAUGCGAUUCGCCGGGCUGAGAACAUGUCAGCCUCACUACAGCAAGAGCUUGGAGCAAAGGGGGACAACGUCAUGCUGCGUGGAAUGCUUGAGAAAAUGCUAUCUCCUACGCUUCGUGAUGUGCUGUCAGCGCCAGGUGAGGCGAUGCCACCGCUUGUGUAUGGAAAUAUGACGGUUUAUGAGGCAACGGCGUACAUGGCGGAGACCAAAAGACCAGCUCUGGUGGUGUCUUCUAACCCGGAAGUACAGAACCUUAUCGGAAUAUUUACCCCGAAAGACUUGCUGCUUCGCGUGAUUGCGGAGGAUCUGGACGUUAACACUACUCCAGUCAGUGAUGUGAUGACUCCUAACCCGGAGUCGGCAGCACCUGAUACCUCGGUGCUGGACGCCUUCCAUAUCAUGCACGAUGGAAAGUUUCUUAAUUUGCCGGUGGUAUCCUCGGAUUCGGGCGAAAUUAUGGGUGUUGCUGAUGUGCUAUCUAUUAGCUUUGCAACUUUCGGUGAGUCUCGCGAGAUUGGCAAACUUUUAAACGCUGCAUUUGAUUAUCACGAUGAUGAGACUACCUCGAUGACAUCGGGCAGGUCGAUGUCCACUUUGUCUGUUGCUAGCAAGGUUCGGCAACAGAAAGACCGCGACAAAGGCGUGAGCGUCCGCCCGGUGUCCAGUCUGCGCCCUCUCCCCGCCGUCACUAUUGAUGAGGUCGCUUCUGUAUUCGAAGCUGCGUUGUUAAUGAAGCAAAAACGAACGGACGCUGUGCUUGUUAUCGACGAAGGUGGAGGUUUGAAUGGUAUUCUUACCGACACGGAUAUCUGUCGCCGUGUGCUGGCACUGAAUCUAAUUCCAGAGGAGAUUCCAAUAUGUAACGUGAUGACGAGAGAUAUCAAGUAUGUAUCGCCAAACGACAGUGCGAUUGACGCCCUGCUGUCGAUGCAGGAGGGGCAUUUUCGCCACUUGCCCGUUGUGGACAACGGCAAUAUUGCUGGUGUCUUGAACAUCGGCAAGUGCAUUUACGAUGUCUCUAAGCGCCUCGAACACGCUAUGAACUCGACGGAUCAGUUGAAGGCAUCACUAGAGAAAAGUGGUAAGUCUUCAACUCUUCAGCACCUGCUUGCCCCGAUGCUGGAAAAGCUGUCGGCACCCACAUUGAGUUCAAUCAUUGACAACGAAACCCGGAAUGGUUCGAUGCCAGCUCCACGUUUUCCGAAGUCGUCUCUUGUCAGUGACGUGGUGAAGGCAAUGGCUUCGACAAAAAAGGCGGCGCUUAUUGUCGACGAUAUCAAUUUUGAUAAGCUGAUUGGUAUUUUUUCUCCAAACGAGCUGGCCCUUAACGUUAUUGCUAAGGGGCUAAAGGCUUCAGCCACGUAUGUGGAAGAAGUGAUGCUGAAUGACCCUGAGAUUGCCACGCCUUUGACGUCUGUGUUGGAUGGCCUGCACAUUAUGCACGAUUCCCGCAUACUUAACCUGCCUGUUCUGAAGGAUGAAUCGAACGAGCUUGUUGGUAUGGUUGACGUACUUGAUCUCAGCUACGGCACGAUCGAUGCAAUCUACGGUGAGAACCGCGAGCAAAUGCAAGAGUUCUGGAAUACGACGCUGGAACUGGAUCAGCCAUCUCUUCCGUCGGAAGCAGGCGGCCGAGAGCGUACCACGUUGAUGUCGAGGGCCGAACGUGAGGAAAAGAGCCGUACUGUGGCGAAGCUACGGCCUACUAAGGUGCUAACUGUACUAGAGUCGACAACUGUUGCGGAGCUAUCACGGACUAUGGGGCGCAACAAGAUGGACUGCGUGCUGGUGGUGUCGGAAGACGGAACGCUGAGUGGAAUUAUUACAGACACGGAUCUGACGCGCCGGGUCGUGUCAGAAAAUCGGCCGUUAGGCUCAACGCUGGUGGGUGAUGUAAUGACUCGAAACCCUGUGUUUGUGUCAAUGGAUGACCCUGCUGUUGAUGCACUAAUUACCAUGCUGGAAGGCAAGUUCCGUCAUCUGCCGGUUGUCGAGCGCGGCGGCCCUGUUGUGGGUAUUGUAAGCAUUGCCAAGUGUUUGUACGAUGCUAUUCGGAAGAUGGAGAAGUCAGAGCAGUCAUCCACGGCGUUGCGUCAAACGCUAGAGAAGGAGAUGAUGAGCCGCGCUAAUGGAGGUGCUCGUACUGGAGGAGUGUCCCAACUUCUUGGCUCCAUGGUGAACAAGAUGUUUGUGCCGGACAUAAAAACGCUGGUUGAUGAAGAAGGCAUUGAUCCUCCGCGCGUACAGCUUUACACAUCUGUGUAUGACGUGUCGAAGCAAAUGGCUGUCACCAGGAAGGGGGCUCUGAUCAUAAAUAAUCGUGGCCAGUUCUGUGGUAUUUUCACGCCUAAAGAAUUGCUGGAAAAAGUGCUCGCUCGUGGCUUGCCCGUCUAUACGACGCCUGUGUGCGAAGUGAUGGUGGAUAAGGAUGUGACCAUUACUGGAGCAACCUCAGUGAUUGAUGCUAUGCACACGAUGCACGACAACAAGACGUUGUACUUAGCUGUGAUGCAAUCCGGGGGUGACAAAACGCCCAUUGGUCUUAUCGACGUGCUUUCCCUGAGCUAUGGUUCAUUUGCAAAGGGAAAGCCCAGUGAGUGGAAAUCAUUCUGGAAUGCUUCAUUUGAGGCGACUGACGACGAUCUGUCGUCGCAGCACAGUUUUCGUAGCGGAUUCUCGCGCAGCAUUGCACCAAGCACAAGUAGCUUUAGCCAAAAAGGGCGACAGACGGUUUUAGCAACGGGAAACGUGCGCCCUGUGUCGAAGCUGCGGCCGUCGAAGGCGAUUACAAUUUCGGAGACAGUCUCAGUUACUGACGCUGCCAAAGAGAUGAGUAUCACGCAAACGGACGCUGCACUAAUUAUCGGGCAGGACGGCGUACUUCUCGGUAUCCUGACGGAUACCGAUGUCACUCGACGUGUAGUGGCUUUGGGCAACGACCCGUUUUAUGUGAGUGUGCUGGAUGUCAUGACCCCCAAUCCGAAGUUUGUUGACGAGCGCGAUAGCGCCAUGGAUGCUAUGUUCAUAAUGCUCGAGGGUAAGUUCCGUCACCUCCCUGUUGUAGACGAGUCCGGUAUGGUCGCGGGUAUGCUUCGCAUUCAGAAGUGUCUUUACGACGCUAUUACGCGUAUCGAAAAGGUACAGCAGCUGUCAAGCGGCUCGCUCCGGCAACGUCUUGAUAAGCAGUUACAAGCUACUGGCAUCGGUUCCGGCCAGGGUGCGCUGAAGCAGCUCGUAGGCCCUAUGGUAGAGAAGCUGCUUUCACCAACGGUGGACUCCAUUCUGGAAGACGAGACGCUUCCUCCUCUUGUAAGCAAACAUGAUACAGUGAUGGAAGUGGCGCGUCAGAUGGCUGCAUCCCGUAAGGCUGCACUUAUUGUGGAAGACCCGACAUGUGAUAACAGCUCUUCUGUGAGCGGGGGUCAGCGCUCAUCGAUCAGCGCCGGAAGUUAUGAUAUUGGCACCUCAGCACUCACAAGAAAAGUGCUGGGCGUGUUUACGCCAAAGGAUCUGUUGCUGCGGGUAACCGGAGCUGGUUUAGAUGCUGCGGAGACUACAGUAGGUGAGGUCAUGACACCUGAUCCGGAGACGGCUCCGCCGAAGACAAAGCUUGUUGAAGCAUUGCAUAUUAUGUACGAGCACAAUUUUCUACACUUGCCGGUUGUCAACAGUGAGACAUCUACAAUUGUAGGCAUGCUGGAUGUGCUGUCCUUGUGCUACGGCACUUUUGCAAGUGGUGCAGCGGCUGAAUGUGGCACGACUGUCGAUCGAGACUUGGAUUGGCGUGCAUUUUGGGACUUGUCGCUAGCCCUCGAUUACGACGAAGAUAGCUUUAGUGAGCUUGCUAGUAUGACGGGCUCGCGAAUCUCGCGCCGGCGUCCUGGUAGGUACACGGAAAGCCACCAUUCUUCUAUGAUGGACCAUGUCCCUGAGCCGGAAGGCGCGAUGCGUCCUGUGUCGAUGCUGCGUCCUCAGGAGGUGACUCGCAUCAACGAGUUCAUCACUGUGGCUGAGGCUGCAAAACGUAUGCGGCAAGCUCGUGUAGAGGCGGUUGUAGUGACGACGGAGGAGGGCGAGCUCCGUGGUAUUUUGACGGAUACUGACAUCACGCGCCGCGUGUUGGCGGAAGAUCUGGAUCCAGAGAGUUGCUCUGUAGCGUCGGUGAUGACCACGAAGCCUUCUUGUGUAUACAUGGAGGACCAGGCCAUCGAGGCUAUUACAAAAAUGCUAGAGGGUCGGUUUAAGCACUUGCCCGUCCUCGGAUCGAAUGGCACACCGCAAGGUAUGCUGGACAUCUCGAAGUGUUUAUACGAUGCCAUUACGUGUCUCGAGAAGGUACAGCAGUCGACAGAGGCGGCAGCAUCUGAAUUUUCGCGGGACCUUGGUACUGGGUCAAACUUGCAGCGACUGCUCGGACCCAUGAUAGAUAAAAUGGUGCGGCCUACCGUAGGAGACGCCCUUGACGGCGAAAUCAUGCCGCCAGUGGUGAAUAUUCACACCACAGCUGCACGCGCAGCAAAGCUGAUGGCUAAUACGAAGAAAGCUGCGAUUGUUCUGAACGAUGAGCAGGAGCUGUGCGGUAUGGUGACAACCAAGGAUCUGCUGCGAAAGCUCGUGGCCAAGGGUCUAUAUGCGGAAACUACUACCGUGGAAGAAGUAAUGACAGUGGAUCCUGAUCUAAUGGGGCCCGAUGUCAGCAUAGUAGAAGGCUUACGCUCUCUGCAUGAUGCCCGCCAGCUGUUUAUGCCCGUGCUGGCAGACGAUGGCGAGAUCCUGGGUAUGGCUGACGUCAUAUGUCUGAGCUACGGCCAGUUUCAGACCACAUCUGGUGGUACAUCGAACGGCGACUGGAGGCAGUUCUGGCAGACUGCAAUGAACCUGCAAGAAGAAGUAGCGGGAGGUGCGUACGGUGGAGUGAACGACGAUGCUCGUUCGGUGGGUACAAUCGAAGAGUUUGAACGUGACGAGUUUAAUGCCGGAGGUAGCAUCUCGACCCCAACGGCUAGUGCUGUGGGUGUUAAUGGAGCCGGCCGGUAUUCGAAUUCGCUGGGGGCGUAUGCAGAAUUGGGCGAGAGCGUCUCUGUUGUUAGCGGUGCCAACACCACGACGACUAGUGUUCUGAUGCAGAAGGCGACGGACGAAAAUACGUUCGUCUUUAAGAUCAGUGACGGAUCGAUGGGCCAUUUUCAUCGCAUCAUGUGCCAGUUCAAUUCAAUUGGCCCACUUUUGGAUCAAAUUCGAUUCAAGAUGGGUCUUGAUAACAAUGAGGCGCUGCGUCUCAAGUACAAAGACGACGAGGGGGAUCUAGCGCUGCUGACGUCGGAUGAAAGUCUCGUAGAAGCUGUGCACAUGGCUCAGCGCGCGGGGUGGAAGCGUUUGGUGAUGGAGGUGGAUGUAGUACAGCGUCAGCAACACGACGGCAACAAUGACGGCAACGGAAGCGUCGUCAGCUCAGCUGCGAGUGCGGCUGCCAGUGAAGCGAACACGGCUGGUUCCAAGCCGCGCAAUCAGUCGCUCACCAAGGUGGACGAAAUGUCAUCGCGUGAGGGCAGCAGCAACGAAAGCAGUUCGGACGAGGAGAUUGUACGGCGGAAGAGCAAGAAGUCCCGUCGUAUGAACCGUCGAGGCGCUGGCAACUACCACAACUUUUCUCUCACGAGCAAUAUUAUUGCUGGCGGAGCAGCAACACUAGUGGGUCUGGGCGCUGUAGCCGUCAUGCUAAUGCGGCGCAAUAGGUAA